AUGCCUGUCCUGCCUACCCUCAGUCGCCGCAUGGUGGAAGAAAUCGACCAUGGCGCAACGUACGGUAGUCUGUUCAAGACAUUCAAGGAAAUGGUCGAGGGGCUGUUGUUACGAGUGGACAGGGGCCCGCUCAGAGAAGCUCUGAUGUUGCCCCAAAAGCAUGAAAAGGAGUUCUUGGCAGUGUUCCAUGCCAUUAGUCGACCAGUCCUCCGCUCGUUGAUCAUGGGUCGACUUGCCUCGGACCUUUGGCACUCGGAAUCCGAGAAUUGGAAGCACGUAUACGGUGAAAAGGGUGCUGGUACAUAUGCCCUGGCAAUGUGCAUCGACGGACGCCAGGGCAACUGGCUAACAAAGAGGGAGCUCAUUCAAGUCAUUGGCCAUCUCAAGGACUAUGCCAAGGCUUGUGUCUUGUUCCAGAGGCUGGUGGACGAUCAAAACUCGUACAACAACCAGCCACUUGAAGAUGAAGAGGUAGACUUCAUGACCAAGGCCAUGGAGAUUGACAAUACCUACGUGUCCCAAGAGACGGAGUGGCAUCUCGACGUGGGAAUAGAUGAUGCUUGCUCAGUCACCACUCACACAACCGUGGCCGAUGGUACGCGGAUCGCCGACUACCGGGCGCCACGGUUUGCAUCCAGUGGUAGAGACCAACAGGUCAAUAUUAAUGACCUAUGCUCAAUGUUGACUCGACGCUGUCGUCAGGUGCACGACCCAGACAUUCAGCAAAAGUCGGUGCCCCUGCAGAUUGGCUGCUCCGACAAGCUUGAUCAGCGCAUCAAGGACCACAACCCGGACAUAACUAAUCUCAGCAAGUCGUCCAAAGCCUGGGGUUUGCUUGUCUCGACUAUUCGGUACAUGGGCCACCGACCAAAGCUGGUGGCGGUGCCCAUUGUCCGAGUGUGGACGUCGGAGCAAGUGGGUUUCUCGGAAAUCCUUGUUCACGUCCUUGCCGGCUCUUUUCUCCGUGAAAGAGGAUUAAAUGUCCAUCCUCCAGGUAAGCCAGCAAAACCAGACACUGACAAGAGACAGGAGAAUAUCAAUCGGGACGGCAAGAUUCACGUCUGGCUGGACAAGCCUUGGUUCCAGCAAAACUUGCGUUUUACGCUGGGAGCUGCCGAACCAGGCGUCAUUCCUGCCUUGGACGCCAAGGUUGACGAGCUGCUGAGUCGUGAGCUCCUGGAUGAGUACGAGAGGGUAGAGUCCGAGGUUGAGGCCAGUCGCGAGGCUUACGAAAGGGACAAGACGGCAGCCAAGAAGAGCCUCGAGGAAUGGGAGAAGCUGAGAGAUGAGAUGGACCGAUUUGACAACAUGUAUGGUGACAUGUUGCAUGAGGAUUAG